CAUACUGGUGCAGUGUUGUUCCCAAGAUAUUCUGCUGAUAUGAUAACUGGACAUGGUUUCACAGCUUGAAUCUAUUUAAUGAAACAGUUACAUCCACCUCAGUAUCUGGAUUAACUUUUUGAGGACUCAACAUGCCUUCCAAUCUUUUGACACCAUUCCUGGAGCUGGACGACGAGUUUUGCAGGAAUUUCCGCAGUCUGGAUGUGGCAGAUGGCGCAGUGGCGGCUGCGCAGACGCAGCGCGCAGUGGGGUUUCAGCGCAGACACUCACUGUGUCCCGUCACUCUGCCCAACUCCAAGUUCAACAGCGGCACUGCCGAGCCCGGCGACGAGUUCACGUGCUGCCCGCUACUGCAACACACGCAGCACACCUGGAGCAGGGAGCAGCAGCAGCAGCUGCCCAGGUCGUCACUCAGCCAGAUCCCCUUCCGGGUGGACCGCUCUGUCAGCAUGAUCGAGAGCAGCUAUGCCAGAAGCUCCCCCACCUGUGAGCAGGUGCAGCCCAUGUGCUCGAGUCUGCCCCCACCCGGUGUGAGUGUGAGCGCCAGUUCCCUGUCGUCCUCAAAGUCUCCCCUGUCCACGUCUCCCGUGUCCACUCGCUACAAGACCGAACUGUGCCGCACUUAUGAAGAAAGCGGCACGUGCAAAUAUGGUGGUAAGUGUCAGUUCGCCCACGGCACCGAGGAGCUGCGGGGUCUCAGCAGGCACCCAAAGUACAAAACGGAGCCCUGCCGCACAUUCCACACCAUCGGCUUCUGCCCCUAUGGUGCCCGCUGCCACUUCAUCCACAAUGCAGACGAGCAGCGCGUGGGUGCUGGCAGCACGCCCCCACCACGAGAACGCCCCAGGUUGCUGCGACAGAGCAUCAGCUUUGCGGGCUUUUCAUCCCAGCCACCAUCCGGACUCCACACGCUCCAGGAGCCACUGGCACUAUCCAGGGCCUCCUCGGGGUCCCCCGCCUUCUCCGGCGGCAGCCCCGGCCUUCUCUCCCCCGCGCUCUCAGACCUGGGAACUCUGUUUCCUAGCGACCUCGGGAGCGAGCAGCUGAGCGCUCGCUUUCACCCCAUGACAGAUUCAAAUGGGUACAGGAGCUGCGCCCUGAGGCACACCGAGAGGAGUGGUGGCCGCGGAACGAGCACCUCCUUGUCGGUCUCAGUACUGCGGAGAAGCGAAUCUGCCGAGUCACUGUCUGACCAGGACGGAUACACAAGCUCCAGCAGCCUCAGCAGUUGCGAGUCCCCAAGUUUUGAAGGAAGGCGUCUUCCCAUUUUUAGCCGUCUCUCUGUCUCAGACUGCUGA